AUGAAAUUCAUCUCAGAUGGUGCAGGACGCAAAUUGACAUGUCGUGGCACUGUUCUUGGUCGCUUGAAGGUCAUAUCGUCUGCGCAAAACGAGCUGCAAUCUCGACUUGCAGUUCAAGCUCGAGCAUUCAUGGAUUUCAGCAAUAUCUUUAGCAACUUCAGAAGGGGUUUGCACACGAGGAUAGAGAAUUUGAGAGGCUUCAAGGAAAUUGAUUUCCGAGCCAGACCAGUUCCAUCUCCGGGACCUGUGGAUGUCUUCAAAGCUUUCUUCGGAAUGGGAGAUGUCCCAACCCACAGAACUACAUCUUCAGUGGUGCGGUCGCUGUGCAAAACGCCGUGUCUGGUUCCGGAAUCCGCAGCAAGUGGCGAUAUAGUUGCCUUGCUGAGGGGUGCUUCUCUGCCCGUUGUUCUACGGGCCAGCAAUGCAAACAGCAAUACCUUCACAGUGAUCGGGCCCUUGAUUUCGUCCAAAUAUAUCGAGGAAGAAGCAGCGAGAGUGGAGGCUAUUCAUCUCAACGGUGCCCCGGCAGUGCAACUCGACAGGGUGAGAGAAGGGUUUGAGGACGCCGUCCACAUCGCCAGAGUCGUGGCACUGACAUUUAAUCCCUGCGAAGAGCAAGAGAAAGUUUCGAUUCUAACGCCGGUGGUCAAAAAGGCAUUCUUACGGUAUUUCCGACCCGAGGAAGCAGUCUUUGUGAGCGACAUAUUCCGCACCUUUGCCAAUAUACCUCUGGACUUGGUGCUCACGGCGGAAACCGUGGUAUCGGUCCUCACGCAGCCCAACGCACAACUCAACACCAGGUUGGCAGGCUCGGCGCUGUUCAUCGGAGACGGCCUGGCGAGGCCGACGGAGCGACAGUGCGACGGCACGGCCAAUGCGUGGAUGACCGAGGACAACGACAACCGCGAUGCCGACAUCUACAUCUGCGACGACAUCUUCGACUGGCCGUCGAUCGAGGACAUUGCGAACCCGCCUCAGACGUCGUGGGCGCGGGACAGCCACGGCCAGCCGCGCCCGGGAUAUUCGUGCGCGGGACUCGGGGAUUUCGACUCGGACUGGAUGAAGACGGUGGGCUCGACCAUCCUGCACGAGUACAUCCACUGGGGGUACCUGUUCAUCCACGUGCCGGGCUGGUACGAAUUCAUCCGGGUGAACGACCAGGGCUGGCGAGCCAUCGACGACUACUCGGGACCGAACCCGCCCAACGGCUACGGGCCCUACCGGGCCAAGCAGAUCAAGGACACCUACGGCGCCUGGGACCAGGCCUUCCCCGCGACCGUCAACAACGUCGACAACUACGUCUACUACGCCCUCUCCAAGUACUGGUCCUGGCGCUGUGACAGGCAGUUUGGCCCCGCGCCGAGCGACCAAGACGCCCAUCAGCGCGUCCGCAGCGGCUUUCGACCGCACUAUUCGUGA